UCCUCCACAAGUGUUCACACACUGCGACUGCUUCAACAGGGUCAAUAUGGAAUUAUUCAACAAAAUGUUCAUCGAGCAUUUUAGAAAGGAAUGAGAUCGCUCGGGAAGAUGUUUCCUCGCUCAGCAAAAUCCAUUGUCUUUGACAGCUUUCCAGAUCCAUCUGACACCUGGGAGAUCAUUGAGACUAUUGGUAAAGGGACUUAUGGGAAAGUUUAUAAAGUGCUUAACAGGGUCAAUGGCAGCAAAGCAGCCGUCAAAAUACUGGAUCCAAUCCAUGAUAUUGACGAGGAAAUUGAAGUCGAGUAUAACAUCCUGAAAGCUCUCUCAGACCAUCCCAAUGUCGUCAAGUUCUUUGGAAUGUUCUACAAGAAGGACGUCAAGAACGGGGACCAGCUAUGGCUAGUGAUAGAGUUGUGUAAUGGAGGGUCUGUCACAGAUCUGGCUAAAGGUAUGCUGAAAAGAGGAGACCGCAUGGAGGAACCCAUCAUAGCCUACAUCCUACAUGAAUCUCUCAUGGGUCUCCAGCAUUUACACAUCAAUAAAACCAUCCAUCGAGAUGUCAAGGGCAACAACAUCCUGCUCACCACAGAAGGAGGAAUCAAGCUGGUUGACUUCGGGGUAUCGGCCCAGCUUACAAACACCCGGCUACGGAGGAACACUUCGGUCGGAACGCCCUUCUGGAUGGCCCCUGAGGUCAUCGCAUGUGAGCAGCAGCUCGACUCCACGUAUGACGAGCGCUGUGACGUGUGGUCUCUGGGUAUCACUGCCAUAGAGCUGGGUGAUGGAGACCCGCCCCUUACUGAUCUUCAUCCAAUGAGAGCUCUCUUCAAAAUUCCAAGCAUGAGGAUGGAUGGCACUGCUGCUUACUUGGGCCUUGGAGCU